AUGCUGUAUUCCAGGGAUGAUCAACGUUAUGUACGUGACCGUAGACACGAUGAACCACCACGACCUCAAUAUAACGUGGAGUAUCCCCAGUCGCCCAUCAGGCAGGAUGAUCGCGACACCUAUGAGCCACAGAAUCGCCAGCGAGCAAAGCCAAAUUUCUGGCGCCAUUACGACGGCCCGAACGAGUACAUGACUGAGGAGCCAAGCUACGCGAGACCUGCUAACCAGAGCAAGCGAUUUGGAGGACAAAGCAGCACGAAUAUGUCACGUUCGAGAAUGGAUGGAACUAGAAACGAAUAUAUGACAAAUGAACGCGAUUACAGCAGUCGUUCGAAGCCGAAAGAGCAGUACAGUCGUCGACACAUGGAUCCGAGCUUCUCACAAAAUUACGACGAUCCGAACGAGUAUAUGACUGAACCAAGUUAUGCAAAACCAACGGAUAAUAGAAGCAGACGAUACGGCGAUAGCGAAAACGUGGAUCCAUCAUAUUCGAGGAUGCAUGAAAGCGGCUCAAGACAAAAAUAUCGGAAUGUGAGAAGGCAGGUCAACGAGUACAUGACUGAUAGACCGGAGGCUCCCAUAGAAACGCUUCGUGAUUCUUCGGUUCCCGAGAUGCGCGAAAGAGAAACUAGCAUUCCGCUGUCUCAUCCAGACCGAUUCGAUGCUUUUGAUAAAAGAAUGCUGGAUCGCGCUGGAUCUUCUCGUCCUGGAGGAAGUAAAACCAUGUUAUAUCGUGGUCGUGAUAUGUCAGAGACCAGGAGUGAUCACCGUGCUUCGGGUUGGGUAGACGACAAAGCAAUACCAGCUGGUCUCCCGCGACGUUCAGGUGGUGCGCCGAGAUUUGGUGCAAAAUCCCUGGCUAAAGGACCAUUUAAGCGCCGUCAUCGACCAGGAGCUCUGGCUUUGAAGGAAAUCAGACGGUAUCAAAAGUCUGUUGGUCCCCUGAUCCAGAAGCUGCCAGUUCAACGUGUUAUUCGGGAAGUGGUGCAACAGCUGUAUCCUGAGGGCGGAUAUCGUUUCACGAUUGAAUCGUUAUGUGCAUUGCAAGAGGUAUGUUUGAUGUUCCGUAAGAAGUUAGGAUGGAUGGUUCUACUUUGGUUAGUGAUUAGUAUCACUGGAUUAUUGCUGGGGUAUACGAGGUAG